UUUUUUUCUUUCUUAUUUUCUAUUUCUGUUGGAGUGGCCAAUUGAAUGGUUUUGAUUUCACAUCAAAAUUCAUUGACAUUUAGGGUCUUUAUUGUUUACUUGUUCGGUCAAAUCUUUCUGAAUUCAUGGCGUUACCGGUUAUUACUUCCCAGCAAGUGCGUAAACACGCCUCUCGUUCGUCUUGCUGGGUUACGUUGAACGAUAGAGUGUACGAUGUCACGGCAUUCCUUGCCGAUCAUCCCGGAGGGGCUGAUCUCAUUCUUGAUUACGCGGGCAAAGACGUUACCGCCAUUAUGAAAGACGUUCAGGAGCACGAACAUUCGGAGAGCGCCUAUGAAAUCCUGUAUGACAAUUGCGUAGGGGUUUUAAACGAUACAACAGAAAUUACAGAGUCUAUGCAGGAUAACCGCCACUUUGAAGGUGAACGAGCCCGUCUGCAUCAGCGACGAGUUCAACUAUUGCAACAAGAAGAAGAGUUCAAGACGUAUACGCGACCUGACUUUCAUCCGUCCGUCACAGAUGUAAAUACCGAUAUGAAGCAGCAUCGAUUCCUGGACCUUCGUCAAGCUCUGAUCCCGCAAAUAAUGCGAGCCAAAUUCACCAAAGAAUUCUACCUCGAACAAGUACACAAACCUCGAUAUUUACCUACACCGGCUAUCUUUUUCGGCCAUCCUCUACUUGAACCGUUGACAAAGACGGUAUGGUACAUGAUCCCGACCAUUUGGCUGCCCUAUGUAGGCUAUCAAUUGUACCAGUCGUUUACGUACCAUCACCCUAUUGCCACCACUCUUUUCUUUGUAUUUGGUAUCAUGAUUUGGACUCUGCUUGAAUACGGUCUGCAUCGCUUCCUUUUCCAUCUCGACGACCUGCUACCCGAUCAUCAACUUGCGUUUCUUCUUCAUUUCGCCUUGCACGGAUUCCAUCAUUACCUUCCUAUGGACAGAUUGCGACUAGUGGUUCCUCCAGCAUUGUUUGUCCUCCUUGCUUACCCGUGGAUCAAGCUGGCCCACCUUUUGUUUCCUCCCUUGAUGUCUCACGGUGUGAUUGCCGGUGGCAUUUUUGGUUAUAUUCUGUACGACCUAACCCACUACUACCUGCAUCAUGCCAAAGUGCUCGAUUUCCACUUCAAGGAAAUGAAGAAAUACCAUCUUGCUCAUCAUUACAAAGAUUUUGAAGCCGGUUACGGCAUCACAUCCAAGUUUUGGGAUAAUAUCUUUGGCACCACGCUUACUUAUACUUAGCUGAAUCUCCAUUUUUGUUCGUUAGCUUUACAGUCAUGUAGCGUUGCUUUUUUGUACCAUUUCUUCUCGCAUCCUACUUUAUUAAACUUGUCUAUUUAAUCAUUAA